AUGAAUUCCUCAGCUUGUACUUUACCAGACAGUUUCGUGCAAUUCUGCAACGAUAAACCAGCUUCUACGUUUUGUUGGAAUGUCAAGGCUGAUAGUGAUUCGACGCUCCUAAUUUCCGAUAAAACGAGGAGAGACUUGAUCCAGGACGCUACUACGACCGCACACCGAUUCUUGCGUUCUGGCCCUUCACAAAGGCAAUGCGGAACACCGCUAGUCAAUGUAUGCUUCUUCGGGCGCAGUGGCUAUGAUCUCUUUGUAGGGUUCCUCGCUGCCUUAAUCAACAGAUGGACUGUGUGUCUGAACUUUCUUCUUUACCUGCGUAUAGAGUCUGAUGAUUUCAAGCCGACAUUGAUAUCUGACAAAAAUAGUCCUGAAGGUGUAAUACACCUUGUUCGUGCCUCCGGUUCUCAGUGUCUUUUCGUUGACGCUACUCAUCCCGACCUCGUCGAUCUCGUACAACGUCAAGUCCUAAAUCUUCAAAUUAUUCCUCUGAAGAGUGAUGAUGGGUCGACUGUACAAACCCCCGUCACUUUCCCUCCCAUCAAUCAAGACCACGACUUAGAUCUAGAUGUUGUCGCAUAUAAUCUUCAUACUUCAGGAUCAACAGGACACCCUAAAUUAAUACCAGUUACUCACAGACAAUGGUACGACCAAACUAUGCGAUUGACAUCAUUUCCGGGCCGUGCAGUGUGUACCCCUAUGCCUAUGUUCCAUACGGUGGGGCUUACUUGUUUAACCAAGCUCACUAUUGGUGCAGGCUGCAUACCAACAAUCAUUGAAUCUACACGACCUUGCACAGGAGAAUUACUGUGCCAAAUUCUCAACCGCUUCAAUGGUGCAAUUUGUGUCACCCCUCCGUCCCUACUUGAACAAAUCUCCUUGAUGGGAGAAGGAGCAAUACAAGUGCUUGCUUCUACACAUAUGGUCUUGUUUGCUGGCGCGCCCCUGCAAGAGCCUGUCGGUAACAAAUUGGCAAGUUAUGGUGUGAAAAUUAUCUCGGCCUUCGGAACUACUGAGACCGGACAAUUAACUGUGGCAGACAUCAGCUCUGAUGAUCCCCUCGACUGGCCUUAUGUCCGAUUCAUCGAUCCGUCUGAAAUAAUACUGGUAGAUGUACCAAAUUCCAGCGAUCUGCGGCGUUUAGUGGUCAAGCCAGGUCGUUUUGUGUCUUCUGACCUCAUCAAUCAUCACAAUCCUGAUGGCUUCAGCCCUGGAGAUCUAUGGCGGGAGCAUCCAACAAGAAAAGGGCUUUGGAAACACGCGGGAAGAAUGAGUAGUGUGACCGUGCUCUGCAAUGGAGAGAAGACUGACAACGAACAGCUUGAGUCACUUGUACUCAAAAAUGCUUUCAUGGAACGUGCGGUUGUCUUUGGCGAAGGACGUCUGCAGAAUGGGCUACUUGUACUUCCAAAAACCAUAUCAUUGCGUAAUGCUGAUUUUGCGACAUCCUUACAAUCAACUGUUCAGCACAUGAAUUCUGUUAUUCCGAAACAUUCUCGCGUCGUAGAAGCCCUCGUUGUCCUCGGAGAUCCGAAAAAGCCUUUCGUUCUGACAGACAAAGGGACCAUCCGGCGCCACGAGACACUUGCUCUUUACUCCAAAGAGAUUCAGGAAGCGUAUGCGGCUCUGGAGUCUGGGACUCCUUUUAGACCUCUACCUUUAAAGGAUGAUGAUGAGGGCAUUCUAAUGUACAUUCAAGCGAUCGCAUCUCGUGUACUUGGGGUGGAGCCUGCUGUUGAAGAUGACCUUUUCUCUCGUGGCAUGGAUUCCUUAUCAGCAGCGAAUUUUGCAGCCUACCUGACGCCGCUUUGGAAACUCGUUAGGGACACAGAGUUGCCUCGUAAUAUCGUCUACAAGCAUUCAUCCAUCGAUGGUCUGCAUCGAGUAAUCACCGGGAGAACAUCGUACAUCAUGCAUCGCAAUAAUGCAGAACACAUCGAUGCGAUAAUUAAGAAGUGGUCAUUUUCGAUUAGAAGUCGUUCAUCGUAUUUGGAACACGCAUCCGUCGAUAUGGACGACGGUCGCAUGACUGUGCUCCUCACAGGAUCAACAGGCAUGUUCGGUAGCCACGUUUUGUCAGAGCUCGUACGGAGAGGGGUCCACGCUGUGUACUGCUUAGACCGCGCGAAUCGUCGUUCAUCGGGUACUCAUGCUCAACGAAUAAGAUCCGAAGCUGCAUCAGGCAAAGGUGACACAAAGGUCGAGUUUUGGUCUAUGGAACUCGGAGAAAUCGACUUGGGCUUAGAUUCAGGAACCGUUCAGAAGAUUCGUAGAGACGUUACCCACAUCGUUCAUUGCGCAUGGGACGUGAAUUUCAACCACGAGUUGGAACAUUUUCUCGAUCCCCAUGUUCGUGCCCUACACACGAUACUCGAACUAUCUGCUUCCAGUGUUCGCACAAAGGCACCGCGCAUCUAUUUUAUCUCCAGCGUUUCUGCUGUUGCAAACUACUCGGGGCCCGGACAUAUUAUCCCUGAAGUUCCUUUUGACUCGUCGAGUUUACCACUUGACCAGGGUUACGCGCAAUCGAAGUAUGUUGCAGAAAGGGUUCUAAUUGAUGCGUCACAUGCCGCAAGCAUACCAGUAACGAUUGUGCGUGCUGGACAACUCGCUGGUGAUACUACCCUAGGCGCAUGGAAUGCGAUGGAACAUAUCCCUAUUUUCAUUCAGGCUUGUUUCUCUCUGAAGCUUAUGCCCUCUCAGAUUCCGAACUUGUCAUGGACGCCGAUCGAUGUUGCAUCAGCCAUUUUGGUAGACGUCAUGCUAAAUGACCCUCACCGUGAUGUGACCGAUCUUUUAGUGCGGCACAUCGAUAGUCCCAAAGAACUCACUAGCUCGGAUUUCCUACAAUGGAUGGUUGAUGCAUCAGGGAAUUCGAUAGUUCUUGUAUCCAACGAGAAAUGGCUCGACUCGGUGCGAAGUAGCCCAAUGGUCUUGAAGGCGAAGCACCUCCUACCAUUCUUCGAACAAUGGCUGUCCAACGCAGCUCAAUGCAGGCAUCGUGUACUCAGCGUACAAGAUACGAAGCUUUUGUCUGGAGGUUUUUCUCGAGCACAGAUAACCCCAGAACUUUUCAGAAAGUACGUGGACUUUAUUCUCAGGUCAAACAGUUUAUCGAGUAGUGUAUAA